AUGGCGUCUUCUCCCGGACUUCGUCAAGAAGUCAAAGACGCUUCAAAACAUUGGCAGGAGCUCAUCACAGAUACCCGGCAGCGCGCAAGCCGCACCAACCAGACGAUCAUUGGCGUUAUUGGUAACACAGGUGACGGCAAAAGUUCAGUUAUCAACGCCCUAUUGGGCGAGGGAAGCUUGCUUCCGACCAGUUGCAUGAGAGCCUGCACAGCCUGCGUUAUUGAGCUGUCAUACAACCACGAUAACGAUGAGCUAAACGAAUAUCGAGCGGUCGUUCAGUUUAUCUCAUGUGAAGAAUGGAGGAAAGAAAUCGAGAUGUCUCUUGCAGCGAUUGCUGAAAAUGAUGAAAGCUUCGAUGAGGAUGAUGUCGAGCCCGAAACUGAUGUUGCCAAGGCUAUAGCCAAGGUUAGAGCAGUAUACGCGGAUAUGGAUUAUGAACAGCUUGCCCAAAGCAGCCUUGACGAACUGAUGAAUCAUGGGAAAGUGCAAGAUCUUCUUGGAAAUUCAAGAUCUUUCAAAGCUGAAAUCGGAGGAGAUCUUUGUUCCAUGAUCGAACCGUUUGUCGACCCAAGCUCCUCGGACGACGGCGACGCUGCGUAUUGGCCAUUAGUUAAAUCAGUCAAGAUUUACACCAAGGCAGACGCUUUGUCUAAUGGUGUCACCAUCGUUGACCUGCCAGGACAUCAGGAUUGGGAUGCAGCAAGAACGGCAGUAGCAAACGAGUACAUCAAGUCUUGCGCUGGCAUCUGGAUAGUUGCCCCGAUCCAUAGAGCUGUCGACAACAAAACUGCCAAAGACCUGAUGGGUGAUGCGUUCAAACGUCAGCUCAAACUAGACGGAUCGUUUUCGGCCGUUACCUUUGUCUGCUCCAAAACCGACGAUAUCAAGAUUGGCGAAGCCAUGAAGGGACUUAGGUCGAAAGUUGAUCAAUUUACUCCAAGAACAUGGGACGAGAUGAAGAAUUGCACGUCACGAGCGAAGCAGCUUGAAAAUGACAUCAAAAAACUUCGAAAGAGGCUUGACGGUGUUCGCGAUGGCAGCUAUGCUUCCAACGAAGACUUGCGACCUCAAUGGCACAGGGUCGAGCAUUCAUUAUAUGAAAGUAUGCAAACCCUGUGCAGCGGCGGCCCUGACACGCUGGAAGCCCCAGCCAUCCAGGAGCAGAUUCGACUAAAGUCCGAAGAACUUGACGACACAAGAACAAAAGAGGGGCAGCUGUCUGUAAAGGUCCACAUCAAGUGUAUACAGAAGCGCAAUGAAGUUUCCAAGGUUGCUUUAAGACAAUAUCUUAUGCGUGUUGUGAAAGAGGCUGAUCAACAGGCCGCCCGCCAGCAGGGUCCGAAGAUGAUCUUGGGACAAGAUCAGAAACUACGUCAUGAGAAAAUUGCCAAUGAACUGAAGGUGUUUUGUGUCAGUAGCCAUGCAUAUCAGAUCAUGGAAAAACUGAUCGAUGAAAACAGUACAUCAACUGCUGGUUUUACUGACACCGAAGACACGGAAAUUCCCAAGCUGCGCAAACAUGCUCAGGGUUUAACAAUCGAGCUUCGCAUAACCAAGAGUCGCGAGGUGUUGGGCUGCGUCUGCCAGAUACUGAACUCGAUUGCACUAUGGACACAGGAUGCAUCAGCCGUCACAAACACAAUUGACGCAGUGUCACUGGGCUCACUACUUGGGGACUUGGAGAAGAACCUCAUGGACGCAUUCUUUCAUUUCGAACAGGCGGCACAGGAACAAUUGCAGACAAGGCUUUUCGCGGCCAUGGAAAGAUGCAAAGGCCUUGCCAUUUCGCAAGCUGGGCCAAUUUCCCAGGCUUGGACCGCACCUCCAAGGAAGAAAAGCUUGCCUUGUCAGACCCUUCGCGCUAUCUUUAGCCGCAAUGGUGUUUACCACACCCACGACUUUAACGAGGAUUUGUCAAGCCCGUUCAAAAUGAACAUAGCCAAUGAAUGGGAAGAUGUUUUUCAGACCGAGCUACCAACAAUUUUGAAAACCUUCGCAGUCAACUCAAGCAACAUAUUAGACUCUUUUCACCGAGGCAUCAUCGGACGACUUGGCCAUGAUGAUUUAUUAGUAGAGGUAGAUUCGGCUGUCAAAAGGCUUUGGGAGCAGCUAGAGACUCACAAGGCAGACCUGCAUCGCCAUGCGAUUCAAGGCCGGCAGAAGAUGAACGCAGCCCAAAAAGAUGCCAACCGUACACUUACGCCCGCCGUUACGGAGAAAAUGGUGCCCGUGUACGAAGAAUGCAUGGAAAUAACAGGAAGGGGUACCGUCAAGAAUAUGCAAAAGGCACUCACUGGCCAUGUUCGUGACAACAAGCAUUCCAUGUUCUCGGAAACCAUUGAACAGAUUGACAAUUCCUUAUCCCAAGCGUUAUACGAAUACCAGAGAUUGCUCUACAACAAGCUCAAACAUAUAAGCACAACUGCGCGAAGCGACUAUCUACUAGCAGUGGCAGCGAAAGAGAAGUCUGUGCAACAGGUAGAGGCAAGACUCAAAGAGCCGAUGAUGGAGAUUUUGGAGAAGGCUGAAGCAGUUUUCAAGUGA